GCUCGUCGAGUUGGUCUCUCUCGCAGGUCCCGGCCAGCCCUAACAAUUACUCUACUCGCAAAGCAGGCAUGCCUCUUCGAUACGUUGAUGAGAAUACAUGGGCUGGCGUAUCGGUGCGUUACAGUGAGAACCCUUAUAUAGCGCCUUACGAUGUAUGCUUCAAGGUUGAAUCGGUAUACAGCCACUAACUACAGUCGACGGCUGAAAGCUAUAGACUGUAUUGUACCGACCUAGACCACACUUCACCCUUCUUAUGCUUACUGCCUGUGGCGAGUGCUACUCUAGUUGCAGCGAUGACUCUAUCAAAUAUGCCUCAUCAUGCCGAUAAUCCCUCACUGAACUAGCCAUACAAACCCUUCAUCUGAGCUUCUUACUUAUUCCAGGGCUCCAACUCGCAACUUGCAUAUUGAUCUGCUGAGUUGAAUCUGGAUUGGGAAGGGUCAUUCAAUCUGAAGCCCAGAAUUUUCAAGCUACACUGCAACGCAAUGUUCACGUAUAAAUACAGGAUGAACCUAUAUCAUCCGUCACAACUUCCUAGUCUGUUGCUCUUUGACUGUUCACACCCUCCUUUUUUCACCUACUCCUCGCAGUCUACGCUGUACUUUCCUUGCUGAACGGCUUGUCAUCUGCUUUCCACCUGCCAUCUGUCAUGGAACAGGGUACCGCGAACUCGGCCAUGUCCAAGUUGGAGUUGAUACGUAUUGCACUUGACACCUCUCCAGACGGCUGGAAAGAUCACCUGGAAUCUAUACGCAGCAUGAUGGCGUCUUUGGACUUCAGUGAUGCUUCCCAGGGUGAAUCUCAGAGGGAGUGGCAAUUAUCAGUGCUCACAGUGUUUCAACGCGUGGUCCAUGUGGGUAUUGAUAACGAAGGAAGUGACGUCCAAGAUAUCAUGGAAUGGUGUCUAAAGCAAUCGUUGGUCCUGAUCCAUUUCUACCCAGAAGAUGUUACGCUACUUGCUUUGAUAGGAGAGAACUGGCUUUUGCGGGCUCAAAAACCACUCCUCAACAUCCACCAAGAAGAGCAAAGCUCAGUUAGUAGUGGGGACAGCCAGUACCCAAUGUCGACCUCUGUCGAAGCACAAAGUCAGACAGAGAGUGCGAAAUUCGAGGCUGAGCGUCGCCUCGACGCAGCCGACUAUGUGGAAGCUAGGGCUUUGUUGCUCCCCGCAGUAGAAUAUCUCAAACGUGCCGUUGCUGCUGCCCGUAUACAGAACAAAAUUACCGGAGUGCUUCUUACAAAGGCUGCGGAAGCAUAUAUGAGUUUGGGUAAUGUGUCUUCCAUCAAAGUCAAUGAGCCCUAUUUUCGCGCUGCUCUUCUAUAUCUCCAAGAAGCGAGCAGAGUUCCGGAUUAUAAUCUUCCAGCCCACCUUCAACAUUAUUUGGAAGACUUUGGCCCGGUCGCGCUGGGAUGA